GCGUAAUGCCAUUUAUUAUCCUGUGUUCACAGCUUUCUCCCAGUCUCCCACUCGCAGACCAUCCGUGCUUGCAUUGUAAGGUUCGGAGCGUGCCGGGAUCGCGCUUCGCGAGAUAUACAGCAGCUAUACAGCCACAGACGCACGGGCGCUAUUUGAGGGGAGAAAGCGCUCGUGUUGCACUUUGCCCCCGACUACACUCAUCCCCUCUGCACACUGCUCGUAGGGCAUCAGGACGCAUCCAAAGAUCUGCAAUCCACUUAUCAACAUUAUGCAAGCACAAGUAAGCAAACCAAGCUACGCGACGGUCGUGAAGUACCGCAAGCCUGUCAUCCGACGUCGAAGGGUUGCAAUCCCAAUAGUUGCGCCGACGCCUGAGAGAGAGGCAGACACGGAUUUCGCCGCGAUCCUGGGACAAGAUUGGGAGUUGUAUGAGGGGGAGGAGUCUGACAUACAGUAUACGACGUGGCCACCUGUGUUGUCGGCACAGGCCACUAUGUCGUCGGGGCUUCCACUCGACACAGCCUGUCAGGCCUCGAUGUUGCCACUGAACCAAGAGCAUAACGUCCUUCCGUUUGACUCCGACAUAGAGUAUACGUCGUGGCCGCCUGUGUUGUCGGGACUUCCGAUUGGCGUAGCCUAUCAGUCUUCAAUGUUGUCGCCAAUCCAAGAGCACGGUAAUCUGGAUGCGCGGUCGAUAAUCAUGCCGAUCACCACCGCUGGAUAUGCGAGGCCGCCGCUAGUUGUGGUGACCGCGGGCUUGCCUGAACAGGGCCCGUCGACAGACACGGAUAGUCCGGCAUCGUCAGCUACCCUGUCGAGUCCAUUGGACAGUUGGGAGCCCGUUGCGACGUCGACCCCACUCCCGAAGUGGACCUGGGUGGAGACGAGGGUGGAUUGAGUAUUCCGGUGGGAGAUCGGAGGGUUUCUCGCAACGGUACUCUUAUGUCGUACGCAAGUCGGAUCGUCGGGGCACCUUAGGUGGACAGGAGGAAGGCGGCUCGCCGCACAUGGCGCUUGUCGAAGAUGGAGGAUGGUAGAUGCACGGGGAACGAGAGCAAGCAGUCUUGCAAUGUAAUCGUAGACAACGUCGGAAAUCAUCUUUUUGCUCCUUCACGCCGCGUCUGCUUGAGAACUAUAUGCGUUCCCAGCGAGGCGACGAGGGCGGCUCAUUCGUCUUGGACAGGAUAUCCGUGAUUCCUGCUUUGUCUU